UCGGCAACCAAACGGUUUGUCAUAUGCUUCAUUCACUAAAUUAUCCAAGUAUUUCAAACUCUUCCACGCGUCGUCUCGUAGCGUGCGAAGUUGUGGCCGGCAAAUUAUUCGUUUGGAUGUCAACGUCCUGACGCAAGCAAAUUUCUAGGUUUUUUUUUCGUUUUUUUCUUUUUCUUAUAGCUAUCGAUCCUUCAACUGGAUCGAGAACUAGAACCAAUGGCGUCUGUGAUUCACCGCGACGAAGAGACGCCACUGGUCACCGUCGAUUCGCCACUUCAACAACCUAAGAGCCACGCGAAGGAUGUUCAUAUCUUGUGCUUGGCGUUUCUCUUGAUCUUUCUAGCUUAUGGAGCUGCUCAAAAUUUACAGAGCACUCUCAACACUGAGCAGGACUUGGGUACCACUUCACUUGGGAUCCUUUAUUUGUCUUUCACAUUUUUCUCUGUUAUUGCUUCAUUGGUGGUGCGGGUUCUCGGGUCCAAGAAGGCUUUAAUUAUUGGUACUAGUGGUUAUUGGUUGUACGUCGCUGCAAACUUGAAGCCAAAUUGGUAUACACUGGUUCCGGCCUCUUUGUAUCUUGGGUUUUGUGCUUCAAUAAUAUGGGUUGGGCAGGGAACAUAUCUCACUUCCACUGCACGCAGUCAUGCUACAGAUUACAACUUGCAUGAAGGUGCCGUAAUUGGUGACUUCAAUGGGGAAUUCUGGGCUGUGUAUGCAUUACACCAGUUUAUUGGAAAUCUUAUCACAUUUGCUCUACUAAGUGAUGGGCAGGAGGGAAGUACCAAGGGCACAACUUUAUUGUUUGUUGUAUUCCUUUGCGUUAUGACCUUUGGUGCAAUACUAAUGUGCUUCUUGUCUAAACGUAGUAGUAAUAGUAAGGGUGAAUCUGAGCUUUCAGGUGCUGAUGCUGGUGUACAUUCGUCCCUGAAGUCUCUAUCUAGAUCACUUACCAGUGCAUUGUCUGAUGUAAAGAUGUUGUUGAUCAUACCCCUUAUUGCAUAUUCAGGUCUACAACAAGCAUUUGUAUGGGCUGAAUUUACCAAACAUGUUGUAACGCCUACACUUGGUGUUUCUGGUGUGGGAAGUGCGAUGGCAGCGUACGGGGCUUUUGAUGGAAUAUGUUCCCUGGCUGCUGGUCGUCUCACCUCCGGUCUCACUUCUAUUACAUCAAUAGUUUCUGUUGGAGCUUUUGCUCAGGCAGUUGUAUUCAUCUUACUGUUGCUAGAUUUCAGCGUAACUAGCGGAUUGCUUGGUACUCUAUACCUACUCUUUUUGGCUGCUUUAUUGGGCAUUGGUGAUGGAGUUUUAAUGACGCAGCUCAAUGCUUUGAUUGGAAUGCUAUUUAAGCAUGACACGGAAGGGGCUUUUGCACAGCUAAAGAUAUGGCAAAGCGCUACAAUUGCUAUCAUGUUCUUUUUGGCCCCGCACAUCUCGUUCGAGGCAGUGCUUGUGAUUAUGCUUGCUUCAUUAUGCUUCUCAUUCGGCAGUUUUCUAUGGCUAUCUCUCAAGGUCGCCAAGGCAUCAUCACCCUCCACCAGUGAGUGAAUUUAAUGUUGCCGCAACUGCAAGCAUAAUAGAUUUUUAUAUAUGCUGUGCCUUCUUGCCUGUAAUUCAUUCAAUUCGAACUAAGUCUUAUUUUAUGUUGACAUUUCCUUCAGUUGAAUGAGCUGUAAAUUGUGACCGUUAUAAUUUAUAAGCUCACUUGGUUAUACUUUGUUAUUUACUAAAGAAUAUUCCUAGACAAUCGUUAAAUGGAAAAAAACUCUGGCUGAAUCAG